GAAAGAAUAACUAUUGAAGGCAUAUCAUGGCUAUGUGUCUUCGUCUCCUACAGGGACUUUACCUGGGAUGUGAAUGACUACCUUCUUGGAUUAAGAGAUGAUGUAAAAUCUUGGAAGGAAGUGUACUGGAGGUAAGAUUCCCUUUGAUUUUAGACUACGAGUAAACUCUCCUUUUCGGCGAACUUUGUCGCGCGUGUCCGAAAAAAUAAGGAAGAACAAUAAAAAUUGUGAUUAGCGCGCCCCACGGAACAAUGCCUGCUUUUCAUGCAGCAUGCUAACAAAAAUAUUUCGUAGUUAUCAAUUUAUCACACGCUAACAUAUUUGUAUUGUUUUCUACACAGAUUAUGGGGUGCAGUGAAUGUCCUUUAUUGUCACCGCUGUGGGAAUAUUUUCCAGUGCUCAGAAUUGGGUCACUGCAGCUAUCACCCGAUGACUGUAGAUUUUGGAAACUUGGAUUGCACAGCGACCAAGAUAGUUGGAAUAUAUCCCUACUGUCAGCAACGCGUAUUGCAUUUUGAUCCAUCCCUCGAAGGCACUGUAAGGGAAUUGUAUCUAAGUUGUGCAUUGCUUUCGAGUGGUAUCUCUUAUAUGCACUAGUUUCGUACCCAGAUUUCGCUUAUGUGCGAAACCGAAAGUGAGCUCUCUAGAGGAAUCUGGGUAUGAAAUUGAUCCACGAGACCCCUGUAUUUUCUCGGUUUACAUACGAGCCUUCGAUAUAUCUCUCAGUUAAUAAGUGGGCUAGGAUUAGUCAACUUUGCUGGCCGUAUUUCACUGUAUAGCCCGCUGAAUUAAAAAUUUCGUUUGAAUUGGAAUUUCCCCCUUAAUUUGAACUCAUAAAUGGAAUAAAUAUGAAACUAACCUUGUUUUCUCUGUACGGACUGUAAGCCAUGGAUCCUCGUUUUUCCGCUCGGAUUUAUGAUCCGUAACUUACAGGACGGACGGAGAACUCGGUUAGAGGUAUUUAAGGGCACACAGCCUUGCAGUGCCCUUUGACGACUCUGUUUGCGGCACAUCUAUAAUGUUUAACUUAACACUGAGGGCUGAUGUGUGCGUGAUUACAAACCAACGUUAAGCAAACCAGUUUCGAACACAGCAGAAUAAAGAGAACUCAGCUGAAUCGAGCGAUAAUAAGAAAGAUGACGACGUAAAAGCAGAAAACAGCGAAGGAAACGCAGAGAAAGAUAAAGACGAAGGUAUUCACAUGAUCAAAAUUUGUGCCUAAAGAGCAAGUCACAAGAUUAAUUGAAGGAUUUAAUUGAAGGUACAGCUUUUAAUAUAUCAUUGGUUUUCAACUUGUCUUGCAAAGUAAUUUAUGUUUUCUUUAAGUUUUCUCUGAUAAAUAGCCAGUGGAAAUUUAAUCGAUUGUUGAAUUCUUUGAUAGACUAAUCGAUUAAUUUACGACUGAGAGCUUGGGUUCGGUUCCUUGUGGAAUUCUCAGAAAUUUUUCUUCAUUUCGCGCUCAUAUAUCUUUUUGCUUUCAACAAGUAAUGCUAAAAUUUACAAUCUUUUCUUUUCUACGCACAUAUUUUCCUUAUUCUCUGUAGAAAAAUCAUCCCAACCGGAGAAAGGAAAGUCAACAGAGGAGGAACAGAACACUGAGCUUUUUUGUGUACGUGGAAAACCUCGAAAUGGACAACUCGACAGCGGGCUCACACGCCACAAGAGAAAAGCGACAACAAACAAAAACCAAAAGAAGUAA